AUGUUCACCACCAAGGUUCUUCGCCAGGCAGUUGCGCAUGCCGAGCGCACUCCUUCCAUCCGGUUUAUCGGCAAGCGCACCAUUCCCGCAUCCGUGGACCACUCUCCCCAACCCCAUCCUGCAUCACCAACCAAUUCCCUUCCGGAUUCCUUCACCAAGUCUGCCCACUCUACUUUUAGCGCCUACCGCGACCACGCCCAACAAUUUGGACCUCUCCGCAAGACCAUCAAGGCUGACGCUGGCAUUGGUGGCGCUGCUGGGUCCCAUCUUGGCCCGGUCACCCCUCCGAAGGGCGUCUUCUUCGACCGCAACGACCUUCCCACCCGCUUCCACCGACAACCCCUAACCGCGGCCGAGAUUGAAGCGAUUGAGACCGGCGGCGCGGCGCUCUUUGUUUGA